AUGAAAUCAUCAAGGGAUACAUCACAGGGACAGGGACGAAAGCCAGUCAAUACCAAGAAUGAACCGGUGCGAGUCAGCCCCCUUAUUCCUCCUCCACCAUCAUCAAGGAAGCCAAUAACUACAGAUGCUGGGAUGGUUGACUACCUAAGUGGUGAUGCCUAUAAUUCAGAGAGAUCUUCUGCAGCAUCAGGAUCCACACCUGUUGGAGUCCCAAUGCAUUCAAACAACACAAACAUCAUCCCACCAAUGAGUUCCACGCUCUCUUCGCCAUCCCCUUCUGACGAAUACAUAAACCCCACUGCUUCAAUGUAUAAGGACAAGCCCAGUUACAGUGAACCAGUUCCGAUGACCAAAUCUGCUGAUCAGUUACCUCCAGCUCCUUGGGAUGUUCCCUCUCCUGUCACAAUUCCGCCCCCACCGGCCAGGUAUAACCAGAGACAACAGUUUUUUGAGCAACAUGAUGUUGGCGCCUCUCAUUCAAGUGCCGGAUCAGGUUCCUCUUACGACAGCUUAUCUGGGCAGACACAGAAUCUCUCUCUCAAUUCAUCAACCCCAACGAAACAAGAAAAACCCGAAGAUGCACUGUUCAAAGAUCUGGUCGAUUUUGCUAAAGCCAAGUCUUCAUCACCUUCGAAAUCGAAUAGGUCAUUUUGA